AUGCACUCUACAAUCCUUCUUUCCAUCAGCCUCCUGGGAUCCGCAUUCGCUAUGCCAGCACAAAACUAUUUCUCGAGCUGGGCGCCCUCAUCCACGCUUUCCGCCGUCCCAACCCCGGUCUCCGUUAGCCCCGGCUCCUCGGCCAGCCCGUCGGUCCAGGCGGCCGAGUCGAAACUGCUGGCGGACUACUCCAGUUUCCUCCACGCCACCGGCACUGCACAGGGAAGCCUGUAUAGCAAAUUGAACCCCGAUAUCCAAGCCAUUCAGACCGCCAAAGUGGAAGCGUGGUCUUCGUCCAUUCCUCUGGCCACCGAAGCCCCCAGUCGUCACUAA